CAUUUCGAGCAGCUGGAGCCUCUUCAGUUACAGGUAGCGACAUCUCUCGGAGAACGGGUCAUGUGCUUCUUCGCCGCCGAGGUGGAGGUUUGAACACUUAAUGCUCUCCUCAAUUCGGUCGAGGGUUUUAAUGAUCACGUUGAAAAUCGUUGAGAGUAAGUUAAGAUUUCCACGUUAAUUUGUCGUGAAUCUCUCUUUUUCCUUGCGGACGCAGUGUGUGUGUGAGUUUGGUAAUUGCCGCGUAGAUGUGACUGGUCGGGCGGGAAUGGUUGGCGGAUCGAGCAUCGAGGCCUCGCAAUGAAAUCAUGACGUGCGACCGUCAAGAACCGAGCGUCGUUCAAAAAUUGGCGUCCGCCUUCUUUGCCGUGUCGAAGCCGAAGGCUAGAAUGACGCUUUAAUCUUUUCCCGGGCUCGGUGUGCCGGUUAUUGUCCUGUAUCUUGCUCAUGAGCCAAGAGUAACUUUGAUUAGUGAUUUUGUGAUUUUUCUCUGGAAGGGAACUAAAUAUUUUGAUUAUUGAGGUCCUCGUUAGACGAUGGUUUGACCAUGGGUAGCGUGGAGUGUUUGGCCUCUUGCUUGGUGGCUACGGUAGUGGGAGCGAGGUGGCUUGCAUAAUGCUAUUUGUCACCUGAAGCUGGGUUUCGCUUCGUCUGUGCUGCUGGAGCAGUCUGAAUAAGUAUACAGGUCGGUCUGCUUCCAAUCUUGGCCGUUUGAUUCCGUUUCCUUGUGCUGUAGACCCUGAAUGUAAUUGUACAAUGUUGUUGAUGUCUGCUGAAGUCCUGUAUUUAGCUCAAGGUUUCUGACCUUGUUUUAAAUGAGCCGUGUGAGCUGUGGGUGCGUUAGCAUUUCUGGUACACCUCUCGCUCGACCUCUUUGUUAGUGCUGUUCGUGGGUAGCAUUUUGUCUUGCGCAUGGGCAGUUGUGUUCCCGUUGCUGCGCGGUGAAUUUCAAAACCGUAAAGUGGCAGACUACGGUUCAGACCUCCACUUUCUGCGAUGGGAGGUUAGAACUCUGGGGUGCAGCGACCAGAUUUUGCGACUUUCAAUGACUGUGAGGCUUUUCACGGAACCAUGAGUUGUUUCAUUGCAGCCAUGCGGUAGUCUGUAAUAGCAAUCCUUCGUAUGCAGCGCAGUGUGUUCAGUUUGGGGUAUGGAAGAUUUCCUAGCCUGGCUUAUAAGGACUUGACAAUGACUAGAGUGACCAUCUAAGGAGGAUAUGAAAUAUCUGACUCUUGAGUUCCUACGCGGAAGCCUUCAAGACUACCUGGCUCGCUCAAAAGUUUCCCGAUUUGCAAGGGCUUCAGUGUAAGGUGGGAAAAGAAUCCGUGACUUUGUCAAGGAUACUCUUAUGUCCCAGAGGAGGCUGUUGUUUUCUAAGAAUACCAAACAGUAUAUGAGUUUCAGGUUCUUCAUUGAGCGCUGUUCCUAAAUGAAUACACAAACUUAUAUAGCGAGUAUGAAGGCACCAAAGAGCCAAGGACCAUCAAUCUGUGCGACUUUUAGUGAGGUCGUCCAAAGGUUCAAAAAAUAGUUAUAAGGGUAAGGCUUCGAUAAGCAUGGCUACAGCGGUCGAUCGUGACCAGUCCCAUACAACUGAAGAUUUGUACGGGGUUAGAUGGGGUAGGUUGAAACCAGUGAAGACAGAGCACUACACGUAUUACGAAUCAUUUUACUUGGAUGGAGUGGAAUAUCGUGUGAACGACGCCGUGUAUCUCCAUGCUCGGGAUGGACCACCCUACAUUGCUCAAAUUGCCAAGUUGCGUCAGAAUAUUGUAAAUAGGAAGAGGACUAUGCUUGUACGUUGGUUCUUCAGACCCUGUGAGCUGCCUCCUAGAUUACCAGAUGUUGAUUAUAGUGAAAACAGCAAAGAGAUCUUCAUGGCAGCUGGCAGCCAACACACUAAAUCGUUUCAAAAUCCGGGUUGUACGAUAAAAAAGUGCACUAUCUUGUGCACUGCCAAUGAGACAUGGAAUAGAAUGCCCUCUGCUGAAGAAAUUGCAGCAGCCGACCACGUGUUUGAUCGGGCUUUUGAUGCCGUGAAGCUGAGGUUUAAUAGAUUAGAUCCCUCAAAGGAGUCCUGUGGUGAGUUCUUACGAAGUUGUUUUAUCAAGGAAAAGCUCAAAGUUGAGAGGUCGGACCGCUCUGGACAAGAAGUAAAGGGAAACAGAGAAUUUAGGAAAGACGUGAUUGGGAGAGGCACUAACUCCGGAUCACAGUCUAAUAUGGUCAAUGUGGUUGGGCCUCGAAACCAGUUUUCUGGUCUUCAGGCAGAUCAGACCAGCAGGCGAGUAUCAUCUGAAGACCCUACUGCAGUUUCUUUUACUGAACGGAAAGCAUUUCAGCGCUCGGAGGGCUGGAAAAGGUCAAGUGGGGAAAUGUUAGAUGACCAGAGGCCAACGAAUGCAACGCGCGGUGAUCUGAAGAGGAGCUCAAAGGACGCAGGGCAUGACAUCCCCACCGACUCACAGAAAAGGCGUAGACUAGACUCGUUUAGAGGUACUGUUCAAGAGAAGAAUGCUCAUGUUGCAGGUGGGUAUAGGGAAAUCGAGAAGGCUAGACUGAACAGUCAAACUCGGGACAUGUCGGUAUUGCCUCGGGAUAGGCCCUCUAAGAUACAAUUAAUUGAUGGGAAUAAAUUCAGUGAGAGGAAACAUGAAGGAACGGAACCUUAUACUUCUUUGAGCAAUCGAAGCAAUAAAACUAGAAUAAACCAAGUCGGCGGGGCAAGAGAAGCCGCUAUACCUAGCAGGCUUGUUAGGGAAGGGGUUCCUCCUCCAUCUACAGGCAAGAACAGACUCGCAGAUCAACACAAGUCCAGUAGGAUACUUGAAACAAACCUGCAGUCCCAACCUGUUCGUCACCACCACUCUUCUGCCGAAAGAGCGAGAUCGUCGUCGCUGGAGCAUAGACGAAGUGAAGGUGCUGUGAGGGAAGGUCCAAGAGACGAACGACAUGGAGCUUAUCCAGACAAAGCCCCUUCUCUUAAAAACGUCAGAGACACUACGUGGGAUAUGAGACAAGCUAAGGAUGUUCAGAUGCACCUGAAACAUCAGCAUCCCAAGUCAACCACAACGAGCUCAAGAACUCAGUACGGACCUCAGGUCAGGGGUGAUAGAACAUACACGGAGGAUGCGUUAAGACCAUCUGCAAAAGUGGAAAAGAGUCGAGAUAAUGCAGAAGAUGAGGCAAGUAGGAAAUUAAAACCAGGACCUUAUUUAGAGGAUCUUUUUGAAAGACCUGACCGAACUUCUGGCAGAAGUUUCAAAGCUUCGGAAAAUCAUCGCUCCUCUGAGGCUGUCGUCUCAGCUCCUGUAUUGGAAAGAGCGUUCUCCACGGGGGCUAACGGCGAACUCUAUGUGCCCAGCAAGAAGAUUUUCAAAUUUUCUUGGGACGAAAAGAAGAUUGUGGAGGAGGCUGUGUCAAAUGGGAGGGCUCUCUUGCUGAAGAAUCUGGAUCCUUAUUUGAAUUCAGUUGAACUUGAGGCUAUUUUGGAGAACGUAUUGGAUAUCACGUGUGAUGUGCGUAUACUCCCACCGAGAUGUAUCACUUGUUACAAAUCAGCUGAAGCUAUUGUUAUUGUCAAGAAAGCCGACAUUGCUGAGGACGUUUUGAGAACAUUGACGGAAAAUAUACUCACUAUCUCUGAGAAUGAAAGGCCGGUGCUAGCGAGCAGGUUCGCGAAACCAAAGGAAUCUAUCGAAAACUUUCACGGAUUUUUUAAUUUGGAAAAUUUUGGAUGGAAGAUCAACGCUUCAGUAGAACAGAAGAAUGCGGUUUCAACAUCUCAUUGUGCACAAUCCAAUACAGUGGAGUAUGAGAUGGGAUUGCAUUGGCGAUUAAUUCAAGAUCGUGAUGCCACUGCUUGGAAGACUUUAGAAGAGGAGCACGCAAAAGAUCUUCAAAAGCUGAAGGGCAAAUAUCUGAAGCUUUUACGAUGACACUCUCGGCUCGGCGUGUCACCGGCUACUGUAUGUCAUCCGAUUUGAUCUUCUAGAGAUAUGAUUGUGCAACGUGACCAUUCCCCUCACGAAAGAGGUUUUUGCAAAAGGGUUUACUUCAAUAUGCCACGAACUUCGACGCGUGUUCCUUAUUCACCACUUUUUUCUCGAAGUGAGCAUUGAACCGCUGAGGCUACGACAAGCUAGCUAGCUACCUUCGCACACAUGGGACAAGCCCCUGAGAGCACCAAGAUUUUGCACGAAGGGUAGGGCCUUCAAUGUACAUUAUGUCUUCUUUAUAAAAUCUUUCCUAGAAGAAAUAUAUGCGUUACUGU